AUGCUGAGAGAUUUUCCAAAGAAAAGAAAGAUCUUUAACAUAGCAGAGAUGAAGGUGAUAGAAGAGACACACGCAAAGAGAGAAGAAGCCUGUACAGAACCAGACUCUUCCCUUUCGGCGGGCCACCAUCACCACAGUCCUCAGGUCACUUUCCAGCCUAUUUCCGAAAGCGAUCAUACUCUAUCCAGCCACCUGAAGUACGCCUUUAUGCAAGACACUGUAGGAAGUUUCCGGAAUUCUAAUGCUAGACCUUACGAGGGGCUUUUUAGCUCAGGGACUACACAGAGAAAGAAGAAGCUGGAAACAAGGGUCUUUCCUUCCGUAAAGUCUGGAGAGGAGCUCUCAGAAUUCAGAUACGAGCUUCUUUCUGCCUCACAGAAGAUAGAGCUUAGCAAGUUCUGCUGGAAUGCAUUUAGAAAAAGAGCCUCCAACAGUCUUUUUGCUUGGGUCAAUUGCUUCUGGAAAAAAAGCAGGAUAGGACGCUCUAGAUUGAUCAAUCCUAUGGUCUUCGAUGUUAUCGAAUCACUAAAGAGAAGAGCAACGUCUACCAAGUUCAUCUUCCGCUACGAACCGGACAAGUUGGAGGCCGCAAGAAUAGCAAGCAUGCUUCACGAAAGCAAGUGUGUAGACAUCGAGGGUACAGAUGUUCUAGUGCUGGCCAAUGCCCUAAAGAACUACAUAAGGGAGCAUCUGGACGGCUUGAUUCCCAUAGAAGUCUUUGAGAAGAUUAAGUCUUGUAUCAUCUCAAACGACAGGCGUACAAAAGAAGCAUUGUUUUCAUACAUGCCGUUUAUAUUUACAGAUGCAGAAAGACAUCUACUUGUCUCGCUUUUUGAGUUACUAAGGAUGGUUGAUAAAAACUCGGACGUGACAGAAAUGACAAUUGACUCUCUUUUGGGGCUGUUUAGCCUAGUGCUGCAUCCUCAAGCUGCAUUUGCAACACUCAGUGACCUAGAGCAUGUCAAAACCAUCACAAGAGAGCUGUAUAGACUGGACUUCGGGGCUAUACCACAGGCUGUUGUUGUUCACGAGCUUGUUUUCGUGUAG